AUGUACAUAUUACCUGUCACACUUAUCCUUUCAAAUUAUAUACUAACAACUUAUCAAAUAAACGAGAGUUCCGAAAAUACGGAAGUAUUGAGUGAACUAGUAACGGUGACUGACGCUAAAACAUUUCCAUUUGUGGCUGCAAUAUUGAAGAAAUCUAAAUACAUCAGUGCUGGAGCUUUGAUAGAUGACAGUUGGGUGUUGACGGGAGCUGACUCAUUAUAUCUGUUGAGAGAAUCUUCUAGAAUGAUUCGAGUGCGUCUUGGCAGCAUUAACAAUAUGAAAGGUGGCUACUUGACACCAAUUAAGUUUUUCGAAAUUCACCCAUACUUUGAUGACAGUAAACCGUUAUUUGAUAUCGCACUCAUAAAAUUACCCAAACCAGUAAUAUUGACACCCAACAUUAAUCCAAUAAGACUACAGAAGAGACCAAGGAAUGUGGUUGCAACGCAUUUUGUUGUAACAGCUUGGCUAAAUCUUAUGAAUCAAAUAAAAUCCUAUCCUUACUCAACAGAGCUUAAUAAACGCCGUUUACUGACCGUGUCUCAUUUACAUCCAACAGACCCUGAACAAUGUUCAGAGGAAUUAGAUACGUUUGUACCAGAUCAUAACAGCACGAAAGCUGUUAUGUGUCUGGAUCCAGCUGUUGGGAGUGAUCCUUGUCAGAAAGAAAUUGGAGCACCAGUAAUCUUAGACGGUAUACUUUGGGGUAUAGUAUCUUCAUGGAAAUCAGAGGACUGUGAUGUUAUGGGUGAACUGACAUUCGUUACCCUGGUCUCAGCGGUGGAGGUCAGGACCUGGAUACAUGCUACUAUACAUGGAAAGAUAUGGAAUGAGAAGCACGUUGUCGUUGAUUACGACUAAACUUAUAUCUAAAAUAAAUUUGACG